AGGGUAUCCUUCUCUUCAAUUCAGGAUACGAAAAUUCUUGCCUAAAUAUCCUUCUUGUGGCUUUCAAUGGCUGCUUUUCCUUCUGCACAGAAUUUUACGAAUACCCAGAUGCAGAAUUUUGGGUUUCAAGGCACAGAAGUGAAAGCAGAUUCAGUAGAAUCACAAGUGACUGUUACCCUUUUGAUUAAACACCUCCCUGAAGAUAUCCCUUUUGACACUCUUUCAAGACUUUUCUCUCAUUAUGGUGCUUUCUCUGUCCGCCCUUGCAAUUCUGGAAGAUUGAGAAAUUGUGCCUUUGUGGAUUUCAAAAGUGAAGGACUGGCUUAUCAAGCGCAUCGUCAGUUAAAUGGGCUGAGGUUUCUUGGCAAGGUCUUAUCGGUGGAGAGAGCUAGUAAGCUAAAUGAGGAUAGUAAAUUUAAACAAAUUGAGGCUCAACAAGGAAAGGAUUCUGUACUACCAACAUCUUUGAUGAAGGAUGCUUCUGUGACUAGAGAUGUCAUUGAAGGUUCAAAUUUUGGGUCCUUACCUGCUAGUGAACCAAUUGCACCAAGGCUUGGUGUUGACUAUCCAUUUCCUCCUCACUUGGAGUAUGCUUACCCUCCACCAGAUGGAAACAUUCUGACCAACAUUGUAAAUGCUCUUAUUGCUGUUCCUCGCUUCUAUACACAGGUGUUGCAUUUGAUGAACAAAAUGAAUAUUCCAGCUCCAUUUCGAAUGGCCCUGCCCACUCCACCUCUACCACUGCCACCACCCUCUCCUCCACCACCACCCCCUCCUCCUUGUUUAACUGAAAAUUCUCCGCUGGCAGAGCAAUCUAGUAGCGAGUCAGAAAUGGAGUCUUCAGAUGAGGAGGUUGAUGAUAAAGCCCCUUAUGGAGCCUCAGGAGUUGUUAAACAAAGAAGAAAACACGUUAAACGGAAAGCAAUUGUCGGACCUGCAGUUGAUAAAGACGUGGUUCAUGAAUCUGUUGGCCUGAAACCUGCCUCCUUGGUCCCAAAAGAAAUUCCAAUUAUAAAGAAAAAGAAUACCGUGCUGCAGAUUAAGAUCGCACCAAAAGUAACUCAUAAUGAAUAUAAGGAUGAUAGCAUUAUGACAGAAUCUGAGGACCCAGGCACAGAGGGUUCAGAUCAGAAACACUAUGCAACUGCAGAAGAAAUAGAGAGUAAAAGGCUCGCUCCAGAGGAAAUUUUAUCACUUCCAAAGUUUAAGAACUACACAGUUGGGAAUCCUGCAUCUGUUCUGUACAUAAAGAACCUUGACAAAGAGGUGGUUGCUGAUGAUUUCUUCUACAUAUUUGGAUCACUAUUUGGAAGCAUUGAUGCAGCUAAAAGUGGCCUAAGUGUCAAGUUGAUGCAGGAGGGAAGAAUGAGGGGUCAAGCUUUUGUAACGUUUUCAUCAGUUGAACUUGCCCAUCAAGCUCUGAAUCUAGUGAAUGGAUAUGUAUUGAAAGACAAACCGAUGAUCAUACAAUUUGGUCGGAAUCCUUCAGCUGCCAAGCCAAAUUAGACAGACUUGUCAUGAAUAGGACCUGUUUAUACUAUGCCACGCAUGGUAUCCGCAUCCUCAGGCUUUAGGAAGUUGAAAAUGUCAAUAUUUCUGCGCAUGGGGAGGAUGUGCAGAGCAAGCUGCCAUGGAUGGGCAUUUUCAGUUGCUGCUGUCAAUAUUAAGCAGCUCAAAUUGGGAAAGAGUAGAGGGAGGGGGAGGUUAUGACAUGCAAUGCUGGCUGACUAAUACAAAUCUUAUAUACCAGCGAGAAGAAAAGGAUGACCUCUUGUUUCCGGCAUGCAGAAAAGUUUAAAUUCACUACUUUCUGAUACGGAGCUUUCAUUGUCUGUAACUUUCUGGAGCAUUGAGGGAUGUGGAAAUGGUAAAUUGAAAGAGAUGUUUGUGAAAGAGAAAUUGAACCAAACAAUAGUUGUCAAUCUCUCCUGUCCUGUACUUCAUCAAAUGGGGCAUUCGAAAUUGUGCAGAGUUAAUGAUUUUUAUUUUUUUAAAA